GACACGUCAGCUAAAGUUACCCGGACACAUUUCCGUGCUGCACACAACGCUCUUCUUGGCUGUCCUGUGUUUUUGUCCACCGAUGUGUUUUUAAGUUAAACGGUAGUCUAAUUAUUUCUCUUUGUUCAUUUUAUCUGUUAGGACGUUACCAUGUUUUAGCCGAACAAUCUUAUGAAACAAGCCGCUGAUUGACUCAUUCAUUCCUCUAAUUUUGUGUGUUUGUUUCUGCUUUGGCAUGCUGUCAUCACCAGGUUUAUUGUGGGCACAGCAGGUUUGAUGCCCUCUGCUCCAUCAUGGAGCCCUCAGAUUUGACGACACGCAGAAACGGGCGACAGAGGAGAGUACCCGGUGCCUCCACCCUGUCUGAGCACAUCGGCUCUAUGGACAGAGGGGAAACGAGUUCUCCUGAGCCGGAGACGGAAGAGGAGGCUGACGGCCUCAUCAGGAGCUCAGACACAGAGAACAGGAGGCGUCACCGGGUUCAGCCGGGUAUCCGUGGUGAACUGGGGAAUAUAUCACUUCUCCUGUUCCUCUAUGUGCUGCAGGGGAUUCCCUUGGGACUGGCUGGCAGCAUCCCUCUAAUUUUACAGAGCAAGAGUGUCAGCUACAAAGACCAAGCCUUCUUCAGCUUUGUCUUCUGGCCGUUCAGUUUGAAGCUUUUCUGGGCACCGCUGGUGGACGCCCUGUACUUCAGCAGGUUUGGGAGAAGGAAGUCGUGGCUGGUGCCCACUCAGUACCUGCUGGGGCUGUUCAUGCUCUAUCUUUCGGCAACAGUCACCUCACUGCUGCAGAGCGAGGAGGGGCCCAAGGUGGGCACGCUCACCGCAGUCUUCUUCAUGCUUGCCUUCCUGGCAGCCACACAGGAUAUAGCUGUGGAUGGCUGGGCCCUCACCAUGUUGUCUAGAGAAAAUGUGGGCUAUGCGUCUACCUGCAACUCGGUAGGCCAGACGGCGGGGUACUUCCUGGGGAACGUGCUCUUUCUGGCUCUGGAGUCUGCUGAAUUUUGCAACAAGUACCUCAGAAUAGUGCCCAAAGACACUGGCAUCGUCACCCUGCCAGAUUUUUUAUUUUUCUGGGGGGUGAUAUUCCUAGUCUCCACUACCCUCGUGGCCAUCCUCAAAAGGGAGAACGAUCACAGCAGAGGCAGGGGGAACGUCCCAGAAGAGACUCAGGGUGUCACGGAAACCUACAGGCUCCUGUUCUCCAUCAUCAAGAUGCCCACAGUCUUCACUUUUUGUUCACUGCUCCUCACAGCUAAAAUCGGUUUCUCUGCAGCAGAUGCUGUUACAGGUCUGAAGCUGGUGGAGGCUGGAGUCCCCAAAGAGCAGCUGGCGCUCCUGGCGGUUCCCAUGGUGCCUCUGCAAAUCCUUCUGCCAGUGAUCAUCAGCAGAUACACGGCGGGGCCCCGACCCCUUGAUGUCUUUUAUAAAGCCUUUCCAUUCCGGUUGCUUAUCGGGCUUGAGUACGCUCUGCUGGUAUGGUGGACCCCCCAUGUGAAACAAGAAGGAGGAUUCCCACUUUACUACUACGCCAUAGUCCUGCUCAGCUAUGCAUUGCAUCAGGUGGCGCUGUACAGCAUGUAUGUGGCCUGCAUGGCCUUCCACGCCAAAGUGAGUGACCCCCUCAUAGGAGGGACUUACAUGACGCUGCUGAACACGGUCACUAACCUGGGAGGAAACUGGCCCUCCACAGUGGCUCUGUGGAUGGUCGACCCCCUGACCUCUAAGGAGUGCCAGGGGGCCAUAGGACAGAGCUGCAGCUCGUCACUGGAGGCAGGGUUGUGCGUCAAGGAAGGAGGCGUUUGUGUGACGACCAUGGACGGAUACUACGUGGAGUCUGUGGUGUGUGUCGUCAUCGGUUUGCUGUGGUGGCUGUGGCUGGGGAAGAGGAUGAGGCGGCUGCAGGAGCAGAGCUCGUCGGCGUGGAGAUGCAGGGUGAACCAGUGAUACGAAUCCUACAAACAUUUCAGUAGUGAGCUGCACCUUCAGUUUCUCCUCCGAAACCAGCUGGACUCACAGUCGUUCCCACACAGCAACGUUUUGCUCUGGUCUGGCUUUUUCGCCGCCAGAUCGAGGAGACACUUACCAUUAAACAUGCCACUUUAAUGUACACACAUAUGAAGCAAGCCACCA